GAGAGGGGACGAGCUGUUUUCUUGAGUGUGUGCAUGUAUGUGUGUGUGAAUGAGAGGAAGAGAGAAGAGGGCUCUUCUGAACGCACACCUCCGAAAGAGAACGAAAAAGAACAAGAGAGGAAAAAGAGCUGAACGUGUCAGAGGGAAAUCUAAUUGACUCCAUGAAAUCUGUGUGACUCAAACACAGUGUUCUCUGUGUCCGACGGAGAGGGAGGGAGAGCCGGGGAGGAGGAGAGGAAGAGUGAGAGAGAGAGGGAGAGAGAACAGAAGACUACAGAGAAUGAGGUGAGGACAAUCACAUUCAUCCCCCAACUCAUGAGCCAGAGAAGGGAAAGCUAGCAAGCCUCCUACCUACUGCGUCCUAAAACUGAAACCAUAAAAGCACACAUAAAGGAGCUUCACCCUUCAGCUAGAAAAUAAGGACUGGGGGAACUGCUACGUCAAACACACACACACACACACACACCCGCGCGCACUUCUCUUUUCGGUUUCGGCAGAGGGCACAGAAGAUCGAGAGGCAGCGUUUUUUGAUAGGCUGUCAGCGCAUGCACCAAGGCAGCCAUAUCUCUGCUUAAAGAGAGCGAGGGAGAGAACCAGUGCAGGCGCAUCCAACUGCAGCACUGUGGACCUCCACCAGCAUCUCCACCUCCACCCCGUCGAGCGGAGAGGCACGUCCCGUGCAGCCGUCCCAUUUUAACACCUGACAGGCAGAAGCUGCAGGACUCUGUGGGACUUUACAGGACCCACGCUGUCACUCCCACCACACCAUGGCAUCCCACGGGAAGCUGAAGAAGGAAAAGGGGAGUCUGGCGGAGUAUGAGACGCAGAUCAAAGAGGUUCGCAGUCAACUCUCGGAGCAGCUAAAGGUGUUGGAUGCGCAGUUGGAGCAGAAGACCCAGCAGCUGCAAGACCUGAGCGACUACCUACGACGCCGCGGUGAGAUCGAGGCGGAGUACGCCCGCUCCCUGGAGAAGCUCAGCGAGAGGUUCACGCUCAAGACCAAGAAGAAGGAGCAGACGGACUUGUCCGUUUCGCAGUGCUGGACGGAGCUACUGAAUCAGACCAGGCAGGACAGCCGUGACCACAGCUCCCUCAGCGAGAUCUGCAGCGGGACGCUCACGCAGCGGCUCUCUCACUGCAUGGAGGACACACACCGCCUGGCCAAGAAGAGCAAAGAAGUGGGUCUCCAGAUGCAGGAUGAGCUCCUAAAGGUGACGGCUGAGCUGCAGACGGCUCUAAAAACUUAUCAUCAAUAUCACACUGAGUGUCUUGCCGCCGAGGGAAAGCUUAAAGAAGCCACACGAUUGGAGGAGAGACACACUGGCAAGUCGGCUGACCUCGGUCUCGGUCAAGCAGCGGGACAGAGGCGCAGCUCAGUAAAGAAGAUGGAGAGGCUAAUGGAGAAGAGGCAAGGGAAAGUCCAAGAGACUCAGCUGAAGUGUACUAAAGCUCGCAAUGACUACCUGCUGAACCUCGCUGCUGCCAAUGCUGCCAUGAAUAAGUACUAUCUAGAGGACAUAUGCACUAUGAUUGAUUGCACGGACCUCGGCUACCACCUGUCAGUCACAAGGGUGAUGCGUGGCUACCUGUCCAACAGGAGCCGGGCCAUGCAGAACCUGAAGAAUGGCCUGCAGCAGCUGGAGGGCGCUGUGAGUGGCCUGGACCAGAACCAGGACCGGGACGCCCUGCUGCAGGCGCACAACGUCACCUUCUGCCUGCCCUUCCGCUUCCAGCACCAGCCACACGAGGGCGACCAGGUCUGUGAGGUGAGCGCAGAUUGUCAGGUGAGGUAUGAGAUGGAUACCAGAUUCCAGCAGUUGCAGUCUAGGUUGGCUGCUGUUACCUUGGAAACUGAGGAGGUCAGUAAAACACUCAAGGCAACCCUUACAGCCCUUUUAGAGAAUAUCAGCGAUGACGACUGCAUCCCCAUCCCGGACAUCUCCACCCUCCCCCUGGAGAGCAUGGGCGAUGGCCCCAGCACCAAGCCCAGCCUGGCCAAGCGUCGGGCCAAUCAGCAGGAGACUGAGACCUACUAUUUUACCAAAGUGAAGGAGUAUCUUAGUGGAAGCUCCCUCAUCUCCAAACUCCAGGCCAAACAUGACUUGUUGAAAGAGGCCAUACAGAAAGCUGAGGCCACUGACAGCGAUCCAGCAAGAAUGCAGCCUGGCAGGGCAGUGCGCGUGCGGAAAGCCAGGCCUUGCUCCCAGUACAUCCACAAACUCUUCACCGGAGACAUGCUCUCCUUCAUCCAGAGCUCUGGACAGCAGAUCCCCCUAGUGGUGGAAAGCUGUAUUCGCUUUAUCAACCUCCAUGGUCUGCAUCAUGAGGGCAUAUUCAGAGUUCCAGGCUCUCAGAGCGAAGUCAAUAACAUCAGAGACUCUUUUGAAAGUGGGGAGGACCCUCUGACAGACAGCGAGUGUGACAUUGAUUCUGUAGCAGGAGUACUGAAGCUUUACUUCCGAGGUCUCACGAAGCCUCUCUUUCCAGAAGAGAGCUUCUCUCAGCUCAUGGAGUGUGUCCAGAUCGAGAACGUGUCGGAGAGAGCGGCUCAGAUAAAGACGGUGGUUUCCUCCUUCCCCAGGCCCGUUGUCAUAGUGAUGCGCUAUCUCUUUGCCUUCCUCCAUCACGUCUCUCAGUACAGCGACGAGAACAUGAUGCAGCCCUAUAACCUGGCUGUAUGCUUCGGGCCCAGCCUUUUGCGAGGUGCUGAGUCCAGUGACGCUGUCACUCUGCAGCCCCAGAUCAACGCCCUGGUCAAGACCUUGAUCCUCCAGCAUGAGAGCAUCUUCCCCGGGCCCUCUGAGCUGCCCGGCCCCAUCUAUGAGAAAUGCAUGACCCUGGAGCAGGAGUACUGUGAACCUAUUACAGAGGAGGGUGAGGGAGACAUCGAACAUGUUCCCAGUGAGGAUGGCUGUGCAGAGUGGGAAGCGUUGGCUUUGUUUGAUUAUGUUGCACGGUCUCCAGCCGAGCUGUCAUUCAAGCAGGGGGACCACGUCCUACUUCACAGCAAGGCCUCCCCUGAUUGGUGGAGAGGAGAAGUGGGAGGAGUGAAAGGCCUCAUCCCUCAUAAGUACAUCAGCGUGCCUGAGGGAGCAGAGCGGAAGCAGGAGCGAGGAAAGCGGGAGGAGAGUCGAGGCGGCAGCACGGGCAAUCUGGCUGAGGAGCAGCAGCUGGCUGAGCACGGCACCCGCAUGCGGGUCAACAGCGACAGUGCGUCUCUGCCGGGCCGCCAGCGGACCGGCAGCGGAAGUGGGUUCGUGGGAGGCGGGGCCGGCGGAUGCGGGAGUCCGGGACGCAAGUUCACACUGCAGGUGCCCGAGGGCCGAGUCAUCAUGGCACCCCAGUCGGCCGGCGUCUCACCCGGCACAGCCCGGCCACCGUCAGGUCCGCAGGAGCGCAGACACACGCUGGACACUCUGAGGCCCAUAGGCGGAGCUACUGACAGACAGGCUGUGCAUGUCGACAAGGAAUUCACUCGGCAGAUGAACUCGGUCUUCAAGGAGCUCCUGUCUCGCCAGUCUCCGCAGGACAGUUCGGACUCGCCAGCUCCUUCAUCGCCUCCCUCCUCUUCACUGGUCUCUGGUGCACCUUCCCGGCAGUCAGUGAAAAAGGGCACAGGCUUUGGCCUGAGGGGCAGGGGCCUCUUCAAACCCCCCGACCAACAGGACUGAUCAACGGAGAGAAGGAAAUCUGAGCGGAAGGCAAACUUACUGCAGAAAUUAAUAUAUUUUUCCAAACAUACAUUAUGAUGUUCUCGAGAUCAUGAACCCUUUAGCUUUAUGCAAAAGGUUUUUGGUUCAUUUUUGUGCCCAUAACACAACCAGUGAUUGAUAAAAGUAUUUGGUAUUAGUUGUGGUAACCAAUUACUGGCCAUGUUGCUGGUUUUGUAUGUGCUUACAUUACAGCUGUACUUACCUAACUAUCAUAACUAACAUAAACUAAAGGGUAUGGCCAAA